AAACAGGAAGAAGCUGCAGUCACCAUUAUCGUCUUCUGUGUUUGUCUGUUUUCUGUCAGAUUUAGAAAGUGUUAUUGUAACAAUUCUUCUUCUGUAGCAUGAAUUCGUAAAUGAAAUAUAUCGUUUAGACACGAUCAGUAUAAUUAAUCAGUUGAUUUUCGCGGUCACUCAUGAGGGUGUGUUUCAGAAAUAACUGUUAUUAUAACUGUUAUUAAUAAUACACAUCCAAAUCGGUUUUGUCUGGAAUCCACAACAACAUGAAGAAGAUUUUCAGACCUGCUCUGUUUGUGUUACUAAUGUGUGGUGUGUUUGGUGCUGAUGAAGAUAAACUGAAGGCAGUGAUGGAGGGAGAUUCUGUCACUCUAAACCCUGAUCCUGCUCAAACACAGGGAUUUAUUGAGAUACAGUGGCGGUUUAAAGAUAACAAGAGUCCCAUUGCUUAUACUGAUGAAAGAAAGCAAACAUAUCCUGAAGAUGAGUUAUUCAGAGACAGACUGAAACUGAACCAGACAGGAUCUUUGACCAUCACAAACAUCAAAACCAAACACUCUGGACUUUAUCGUCUAAAGAUCGACCUCAACAGUGGACCCUUAUAUGUGGAUUACACUGUUACUGUCAGUGAGUCUCCGUCUGUUAUUGAUGCUGUUAAAGGUGAAAUGAAGAUGGAGUCAGUGACAGAGGGAGAUCGUGUCACUCUUCAGACUGAUGUUACUAAACUACAUGGAGAUGAGCUGAUAGUGUGGAGGUUUGGAGAUGAAGGGAAACUCAUAGCUAAAACUGAUAUAGAGGCUAAGAGCUCACCGUUAUAUGAACCUGAUGAGAGAUUGAGAGACAGACUGGAGCUGGAUCAUCAGACUGGAUCUCUGAUCAUCACAAACAGCAGAAUCACAGACUCUGGACUCUAUAGAGUGAAGAUCAGCAGCAGCAAACAGACUCUAUACAAGAGAUUCACUGUUACUGUCAGUGGUGAGGAACACAAGCUUUCUGAGAGAAUGAUUGUUCAUCAGCUGUGAACACAUUACAUUACAUUAAUACACUCAUUAUGAGAAA